AUGGAUGUAAUUUGUCAAUAUUGCAAUGCAAUGAAAUUCAAAGGAGAAUCUGCUGGUAUGUGUUGUUCAAAUGGAACUGUUCGUAUUCCCAAUAUCGAUGAACCACCAGAACCAAUGAAAACUCUUUUGGAAAGUUCAACAAAUAUUUCAAAACACUUUUUAGAAAAUAUUACUAAAUAUAACAAUGCAUUUCAUAUGACGUCAUUUGGAGCAGCAGAAACUAUUGUGGAAAAUUAUAUGCCUACAUUUAAAAUAAGAGGUCAAGUAUAUCAUUUAGCCGGAUCGUUGAUGCCUUUACCAAAUACAAAUCAUAAAUAUUUACAAGUUUAUUUUAUGGAUGACGAAGAGGAACAAAUUGAUGCUCGAAUGGGUAUUUGCAGUGGAUUGAAUAAAGUAGAAAUGGCUGUAGUAAUGAUUGGAGAAGAAUAUGGAAAUCGUGAUAUAGUUUUAUCUAGAAAAGAUGAAAAGUUACAACGAAUAAGUGAAACUCAUAGGUCUUACGAUUCUCUUGAAUAUCCACUGAUAUUUCUACACGGUGAAGAUGGUUAUGCUAUUGAUAUUUUGUCAUUUAAUGUUAAUUUAAAUGAAUACAAUAGUCAUAAAACUAUCUCUUCAAAACAGUUUUAUGCGUAUAGGCUGAUGGUGAGGCAUGAUAUCUACAAUCAUUUACAUAAUUAUAGACAACUUAUUAAUAAAUAUUGGGUUGAUAUAGCGGAAGAUUACAUUCAUUUACGUGAUGCUAUAGAAAAUGAUGGUCAUGUGAAUGACAUUGGACAACUUUUUAUUUUACCUUCUUCAUUUACAGGAGGUCCAAGAUACAUGCACGAAAAAACGAUGGAUGCCAUGACUUACGUUCGUAAUUUUGGAACUCCAAAUUUGUUCAUUACAUUUACAUGUAAUCCAAAUUGGAUGGAAAUAAAAAGAGAACUCAAACAUGGUCAAACUGCACAAGACAGACACGAUAUUAUCGCUAGAUGGCAAAAACGAGGUCUUCCUCAUGCUCAUUUACUGGUUUGGUUAGUUGAUAAAAUUAGACCAAAUGAUGUCGAUGUUAUAAUAAGUGCUGAGUUACCAAACCCCGAAAUAGAUCCUGAAUUAUUUGAAAUAGUUAAAAAACACAUGGUACAUGGGCCAUGUGGUCAUAUGAAUCCAAAUUCUCCAUGUAUGGGAGAAAACCAAAAAUGUUCAAAAAGGUAUCCGAAAGCAUUUACUAACAGUACUAUUACUGAAUAUGAUGGUUAUCCUUGCCGUUGCCUGAAUGUGAUAGUAAUGAUAGUAAUGAUAGUAAUGUUAAUAUGGAUAAUCAAUUUGAAUAUAUGA